CCAGCAUCAAAACUUUUCCCUUCUUCCUCCUCUUCUUCUCCCCUUCACUUGCUUUUCCUCGUCCUUACCACGCUUUUCCGGGUAGACGAUCUUUCUUUCUUUCCCUUGCAUCAUUUCUUGACCAUCCAUUCUUUGGUCUGAUUUUUCAUCUUCUUUUUUCUUUAUUAUUAUUAUCUUGUUCGCAUCUGUAUAAUCUCUUGUCAAGAUGUCCGGUGUUACGCCCGUUGCUGUCUACGCCCUGCGCGUCCCCGCCAAUGGCGCUCUGAUCCCCGCCGUUCCGGAGUUCUCUGCCAUGUUCCGUGUCAGCAUGGCUGCCAUUGACCCCGAUGAGGCUCCCGAGUACGAGGACGGUUUCGACUCCAACAAGCGCCCCCGUGCUACCCUGAAGCUUGUGCGCGCUCCCCCUGGUCUCGACCUCGAGGGCGAGGACGAUGAUGACGAGGACUGGGAGGAUGACGAGGAUGAGGAUUCCGAGGACGACGAGGAGGUCAACGGUGGUCCCAGCGACAAGGAGAAGGCUCGCAAGCUCAAGCUGGCUGCCGCUCGCAAGGAGCUCGAGGAUGCCAUGGAUGAGGAUGAUGACGAGGAUGAGGAUGACGAGGAGGGCGAGUUCGACCUCAAGGCCGCCAUCUCCAAGCUGAUCAAGGGCAAGGCCCCCGCCAACGAUGACGAGGAGUCUGAUGCCGAGUCCGAUGAGGGUCUUGAGCUUGACGAGACUGUCAUCUGUACCCUGGACCCCGAGAAGAACUGCCAGCAGCCUCUCGACAUCGUUGUCAACGAGGAGGAGCCCGUCUUCUUCAAGGUUACCGGUACCCACACCAUCUACCUGACCGGUAACUAUGUCAUGCCCACCGACGACCACCACCAUGACCAUGAUGGCGAGGAGUCCGAUGAGGAGGACUACGACCUUUCUCCCGAUGAGGAUGAGCUCGACAUGGAGGACCUGAUCGGCGAGGAUGACGAGAGCGAUGACCUCGACGACCUGGAGAACCCCCGUAUCACCGAGGUCGACAGCGAGGAGGAGGAAGCCCCCAAGCUCGUUGAGUCCAAGCAGACCAAGGGUAAGGGCAAGCGCGCUGCUGAGCCCGAGGAGGCCAAGCCUGAGCCCGCCCUCAGCAAGAAGCAGCAGAAGAAGCUGAAGAAGAACAACGGCGAGGCCGCCCCCGUUGAGGAGAAGAAGGAAGCCAAGGAGGGCAAGGAGGCCAAGAAGGUCCAGUUCGCCAAGAACCUUGAGCAGGGCCCGACUGGCUCCACCCAGCAGAAGCCUGCCGAGAAGUCCACCGGCACCCUGGGUGUCAAGGAGGUCAAGGGCGUCAAGAUCGACGACAAGAAGCUGGGUCAGGGUGUCGCCGCCAAGGCUGGUAACACCGUUGCCAUGCGCUACAUCGGCAAGCUCGAGGACGGCAAGGUCUUCGAUGCCAACAAGAAGGGCAAGCCUUUCACCUUCAAGCUCGGCAAGGGCGAGGUCAUCAAGGGUUGGGACAUCGGUGUCGCCGGCAUGGCUGUCGGUGGUGAGCGCCGCAUCAGCAUCCCCCCUCACCUCGCCUACGGCAAGCGUGCUCUUCCCGGCAUCCCCGCCAACUCCAAGCUGAUCUUCGACGCCACUGUGGAACUCUCCGGCAGCGCCUCAACCAUCUCAGCCGAUGCGGAGUACCAGGUAGCCCAACACAAAAGCAACGGCAUCCGGGAUCGCAUCAAGCAACGGAGCUCUAGAAUCCUCUCUUUAUUGGGGCUUCGAGGCCCCAGCGGUGGUAGGGCUGUGGAUUUUGUAUUGAAAACAGUGACCACGCGUGAAACUACUGCCCCGCAGAAACCUUCGAGCGAGAGCAACCCAUCACAGUCUUUUCAUUCUCUUCCAGCUGACAUCCGAGCCCCAUCUAGCAGCACCGCCAUGGAGGAAGAGGAAGGCCGUGAGGGCCUGCUGACUUGCAUCACCCACAGCUGUACGACUCCAUUGCCUGAGACAUUAAUGACAUCUGCCACUCCGAGGGAGGCAGUCUCUCCAGAACAAUCAGGCAAUACAGCAAGAGCACGGAAGUCGGAGAUGCCUGAGCUACAGAGCGGUUCAGUAGCCGCGGUCAAACGAAGCAAGUCAACGCCCGCUGUUCUGACUAGUAUGGUGUCUACAAAACUGUCCACGACAUUCGGUAAUCCCACUGUCAUUCGUCGCUCGCAUCUUCGUUCGCCGCUUAACAUAAUGCCAGUGCAUUAUCCAGCUUCCUCACCAGGUCCAAGCAGACUGGUGGAAAGCCCCAAUGACAGCUCGAGUCCGUCGACAUCUCCCAUAAGCAGUGUAUCGCCGUUGGGUACACAGUCCACUCCCCCCACUUCUGAGGACCCAUCACGGGGUUCGAAACAGGCCCUUGGCGGUCCAGUCAAAGCUUUACUACAUUCUUCUCCUUCACCCCAUUCGGUGGAAGAAGCUUUGAGCUCGACCGAAGUUUCAGGGACGUCGCCGUCGAUUGUUACAGUCGAAGCUGCUGCCAAUGCCAAGGUUUUCUUCGAGACCUACUUUAACAAUGUCUUCUGCGGGACAGACCCUCGUUCACAGCGUCGCCAGGAGCUGGAACAAUACAUGUAUGGACUGCCACUGAGCCCCGAAGAACGAGCACGCAUUUGGGACAACUGGAUUACCCAGGAGCGCCAUUACCUCCGCCAAUGCCGCGUCCUCAAGAGUAGGUCGCAUGGCGGCGGUAGCCAUGAUACGACUGUGUCUCUCGCUGGGUUUGAGGUAAUCAAAGUGCUUGGACGGGGUAGCUUUGGGGUCGUGCGCCUCGUGAAGGAAGAGAAAACAGAGGACACAAACCAUGACGGCGACUCGGAAGACAAGCUCUUGCGCUGGAGAAAUGAAGGUACAAACUCUCGAGCAUAUGGGCUUGAUUCCCUUCGGUCUGCAAAUGAUGGAACCAAGAGCAGCCGACGCAGAAUCAUGACUGGCGUGAAGAAGGAUGUCUUCGCGAUGAAGGUUAUUCGCAAGUCGGCGAUGAUCCGUAACAGCCAGGAAGGUCACUUGCGAGCCGAAAGAGACUUCCUGGUGGCGUCGGCCAAAUCUCGCUGGAUUAACCACCUUUACCUCAUCAUGGACUACAUGGUGGGCGGGGAUUUCCUCGGCUUGCUGAUGCGUCGAAACAUGUUGCCCGAAACAGUUGCCCGAUGGUACAUUGCGGAGAUGAUUCUCUGCAUUGAAGAGGCUCAUCGACUGUGCUGGAUCCACCGCGAUGUCAAGCCAGACAACUUUCUGAUCUCGGCCUCGGGCCACUUGAAGAUAUCGGACUUUGGUCUGGCCUUUGACGGGCAUUGGGCACACGAUCAGGUCUACUACAAUGACCACCGCCACACCCUCCUCAAGCGGCUCGGGAUCCGGGUAGACGGUGAUGACCUUGACCAGACCGAGGCGAAAAGGAUGGCGGAGUCCUCCAGUGGGCUGGAUCCGGGACCGGUUGAUGACUCCGGAUGGACGCCCCCUACUGCUGGUCUCCUAGGAUGGCGCGAUCGCACACAGAAACGGCGGUUAGCUGGAAGCAUCGUAGGGACCAACCAGUACAUGGCCCCCGAGGUGGUUCGUGGAGAGCUGUACGACGGGCGAUGUGACUGGUGGAGUAUUGGCAUCAUCCUAUACGAGUGCCUGUAUGGCUUUACUCCCUUUGCUUCGGAUGAUCGCCAGAAGACGAAGUUAAAAAUCCAUCAUCAUCUCCAAACCCUACAUUUCCCAAAUCGACCAUCCGAUAAGCUCGUCUCUGCUGAAGCAAUCGACUUGAUAAACAAUCUCCUGCAGGAGAAAGAACAUCGCUUGUCCUCCAACAAGUAUCGCGUGAAUGACUCCGUCACCUUUCGCCUGGCAGCCAAGCAUCCCCUUUACAGUAUGGACCCUCGCAAUAAAAACUACCGCGGGUUCUAUGUAUACCCCAAUGACGCAACAGACAUCAAGAGCCAUCCUUUUUUUUGCUGUAUCAACUGGAAUGAAAUCCACCAGUCAAUGCCUCCGUUCAUCCCCAAGGUCAAAGGUUGGGAAGAUACCCGGUACUUCGAUGACGCAGGAUAUGAGCAUGGUCACGAUGAGGCCUCUGCAGCCUCAGACGCAGAGCAUGCCGAGCCCUCUAGCGAGGCAGACGAGCGAGACGAGCGCCACCAAAAUAGGGGAGACCCACCCCAAUAUCAGGAUAUUGGCAGCCUGCUGAGUCCCGUCGCAAGCAAGCCGCCUCAGAAAAACCGCCGCAAGGGAAGGGACAAGAAGCGACCUCGGGACAAGUUGCUGAGAGACCGCAAACUACGCAUGACGACCGCGGGCGAGGACUACUGA